UUUGUGCAGUUUAUAAAAUGAAGCAAGAUUGGUAAAUGCCUGUUUGCUCAAAGCAGUGGACAGUUCAUAACAGACAUCUCUCUCAGUAAGGAUUCUCUAGAUGGUGUAAAGACUGAAGAGCAGGACUUUGCACCACAAAGACAGAAUGAUCUUUCCUCUAGUUUUUGUGGCUUUUGUUCAUCUUGCAGUGGAGGCACAGAAACCAAAAUGUCUAAUUACUGCCCCGAAUAUUAUUCACUUGGGAGUGGAGGAGACAGUGAGUGUGCAACUGCAUGGAGCCACUAAAAGUGCCAGUGUAACUCUAUAUUUCAAAGAUGCUUUAGGAUCCACAACGUUAUGUGAACCAAGAACCGUGACCUUAAAUGAUGAUAAUCAAUAUCAAGCCGUGGUGACACUUAAGGUGGAUCCAGUUAAGUUUCGCAGUCUCAAACAACAGAAUGAUCCAUAUGUCCUUCUUGUUGCUGAGGGAGGAGAUGUUUUUGAACGUAAAAAAAUGGUCCAUAUCCUUUUGUCAACUAGAAGGGGUUAUAUUUUCAUCCAAACAGACAAGACAAUCUAUAAUCCAGGAGAACAUGUGAAAUAUAGAAUCUUCACUCUAGAUAACUACUUGCUCCCUAUAAACGAUUUAGUCAAUGUCCAGAUAUUUAACUCCAAAGGCCUGCUGGUCUACACUCAUAUUCUGAGUUCUGAACAAAUCCUGCAGAAGACUGUCACUAUUCCAGAUGUGGAAUUGGCAGGCCACUGGAAAAUCACAGCCUUCUUUCAUAACUACCCAAAGUCUAACACUUCAGUGGAGUUUGAGGUUCGAGAGUAUGUUCUGCCCUCGUUUGAGGUAAAGAUUGAGGCACCAAUACAUUACCUCUCCCUGAACAAUGACAAUUUUCACUUUAGUAUCUCAGCCAGAUACACUUAUGGGAAGAGUGUCAGUGGGGUAGCAUACGUGCGAUUUGGACUGAUUGACAGUAAUGGAGAGAGGACUUAUCUUCCUGGCACAGAAAAACAAAUUUCAGUUGAGGACGGCCGUGCAGACGUCAUACUCCUGACUAAAGAGAUACAGACUGCAGCAGACAAUCAGGGCCUAGAGCACAUAAUAGACAUGUACCUGUACAUCGCUGCUACUGUUCUGGAAAAAGCAAGUGGAGAUCUAGAGGAAGUAGAGAGCUCCUCGGUGAAGAUUGUGACCUCUCCGUUUGUCAUCGAUUUGUCAAGGACAAAGAAGUAUUUCUCUCCUGGAGGCAUUUUCUCUAUUCUGGGCACCACCAGCUUCCCAGACGGCUCCAGAGUCGCUCGUUUGAAAAUAAAGGCCGAUGUGACUAUAGAUGGAUUGACUCAGACUAAAGAGAGCACUGGGGACAAUAGUGGAAACAUAGCCAUCACAUUCCAAGUCCCACAGCAGGCUAAGCAAAUCUCUAUAACGGUGAAAGCGCAGGGAGGUGAUGAAGAAGUCAUCAUCAGUGAUGCUAAGAUAACGUCCACAGCAAUUAAGGAUGAAGAGGGCAGUUACCUGAGUGUGGAAGUGCAGCAUCAGGUCCUCGACCCUGGGCAAAGCCUGCAGGUCACAUUCAGGGACAUCACAAGAGCUGCUAGUCCAAGACCCUCACAUAUCUAUUACCUGGUUGUGAGUAAGGGCAGAGUGCUGAAGGCAGGCAGCGUGCAGAUGACUGAUCUGACCUCCAUAAACCUGCCUUUCUCUGUGGAUAUGGUGCCCGCGUUCCGCCUGGUGGCCUACUAUUACACACAAUCUAACAGCAUAGUGGCUGACUCCGUGUGGGUGGAUGUGAAAGAUGUGUGCAGAGGAAAGGUAGAAAUAGUUCCUUUCAGAGAACUGAAACCUGCAGAGGAUUUUGAGGUGUCAAUCAGGACUGAUUCAGACAGUAAGGUGGCACUGAGUGCAGUGGAUUCAGCUGUGUACAUCCUCAAUAAAAAGGGCAAACUGACUCCUCAAAAGAUGUUCGAGUACAUGAACUCGUAUGAUCUGGCCUGCUCUGUAGGCGGAGGAGAAAAUUCCAAGUCUGUCCUGGAAACCGCAGGACUCACGUUCAUCUGCAACUGUGCAGCAGAACCAGUUAAAGCUGCAGAGCAUAAAUGCUUCAAAGACCGUCACAGACACAAGAGAGACCUCAACACACUCGUUAACAGCUACAAGAAUGCAGACAGGAAGUGCUGUGAAGAUGGAAGGAAGAAAGGACUGAUGUUAAUGUCAUGUGAAAAGAGGAUGAAAUACACAGCGCAUCAGUCACAGAGCUGCCAGCAAGCUUUCAAAAAGUGCUGCGAGGCUGCAGUGGCUAAGAGGAAGAAGGACCAAGUGAACAGACGGAAAAUCUACUUAGGAAGAACAUCCAGCAAUAAAAUAGUGGAGGAUGACAUCGAUGAAGUCUCUGUUUACCUCCGCAGUUUCUUUCCUCAGACAUGGAUGUGGCAGAUUUUAGAUGCGGACGCCUCGGGCAACAUCAGGCAUUCUGCAGUUGCUCCUGACUCCAUAACCACAUGGGAGGUUCAAGCUGUGGCUAUGUCUCCAACAAAAGGAUUUUGCAUAGCAGACCCACAGCCACUAAAGGUCUUCCAGGACUUUUUCAUAUCCGUUAAACUGCCAUAUUCAGUGAAAAGGAACGAGCAGAUCGAGGUGAAAGCCGUUGUGUUCAACUACAAGCAACAGAGCUUACAGGUCAAGGUGAAGAUGGAGAAGGUGGCGGGGCUGUGCAGUGCAGGUGCAGGAGAUGUCAUGCAGGAGGUCACGGUGGAGCCCGAGUCUGCCAAGGCCGUAUAUUUCACCGUGGUGCCUCUGAUUAUCGGAAACAUCCCCAUCCGCAUUCUGGCUUAUGUCUCACACAACAUCCAUGAUAAGAUACAGAAAGAGCUCAAAGUGUUGGGAGAGGGUGAGCUCGUCUCCACAGAAAAGGAAUAUAACAUCGACGCAAGGACUGAGAAUAAACUGGAAUUUGACAUUCCAGCCCCUGAGGAUGAGGUCCCAGGCCAGGAAUCAACCACACACAUGAGUUUUAAAGGUGGUGUGAUGGGAGAAUCAGUGGAUAACUGUCUAAACCUGGAUGGAGUGAACGAGUUGAUCAAGCUGCCUACCGGCUGUGCAGAACAGACCAUGGUGAAGAUGUCUCCUGCCAUUCAUGCCAUGAACUAUUUGGACGCCACCAACCAGUGGCUCUCCCUGAAAGCUGAGCGCCGAGAGGAGGCUCAAACCAUGAUCCAAGCUGGUUACACCCGGGUCCUCACGUACAAGAAGGACGAUGGAUCCUACGGGGCUUUUCUGAAAACACCCAGCAGCAUUUGGCUCACUGCCUUCAUUGCUAAGGAGCUUUCAAGAUCAAGGGACAUUAUUGAUGUUACAGAUUCAUACAUUGAGGAGGCCAUAUCCUAUCUGAUAUCCAAACAGAAAGCUGAUGGAGCAUGGGACGACCCAAAUCCUCUCUAUGACAGAGGAAUGAAGGGUGGAGUUGGACAAUCUGAGGAUGACGUGCCCUUGACUGCAUAUGUCCUCAUAACCUUGAAUCAUGCUAUGCCUGUGUAUGAACUGGGGACGGACACAGAACUGAGAGUGGCUAUUGAGAAGGCGAGGUCUUAUCUCCUUGAACAUUUAGAUGCACAACAAAACCCCUACGCUGUUGCCAUUACAGCGUACGCUCUGUCUCUGAAUAAUCCUCAAAGCCCAGAUGCCAUGCGAGCUCACAGGAAGCUGAUGGACUUGGCCACGUGCAAUAACAAGCGCUGCUUCUGGGACGUCGGAGGGAAAGUAGGGGGCUUGGAUAAGAAAGCAGAUGCCAUUUCGGUGGAAGCCACAGCAUACGGUUUGCUACAGGCCGUGACCAUGCAGGACAAACGCAAAUCUCUACCAAUCGCCACCUGGCUCACUGAACAGCGCAAAUAUGGAGGAGGAUUCCAGUCUACACAGGAUACAGUCAUUGCCCUUGAGGCUCUGUCCAAGUUUAGCAUACAGAACAACGACGUGGAAGACCUGGACCUGAGAGUGGAAAUGUGCGUGAACGACAAGCGCAAGGAGAAUCUGCAUUUAAACAAGCAAACUGCACUAACUCAAACAGCAAUCGAAGUCAAAGAAUUGGGCAAAGUAGCCGUGACUGUAAGGGGACGAGGAAAAGGAACGUUAUCGAUUGUGCAGACAUAUAGAUCUCUGAAAAAGGAGGAGUCGUUCUGUGACCACUUCGAUCUCACUGUUAAAGUGGAAGGGGAACUCGCGAUCUUAUCUGAUGAAGAUGAAGAGGGGAAGUUGGACGAUUACUAUAACUAUGACGAUGAUGAGGCGAGAGAGGAACCCAUGAGCAGACAGGACUGGUUUGAUCUGCGCACCCGGAGGAAGAGACAAGUUCCAGAGGAACCAAAGAAAGAAAACACACUCUUUUAUACAGUGUGUGUGAGCAAGAAAAAGGGAAAUUCCACUGGUAUGGUCUUGGUGGACAUCUCACUCCUGACUGGACUCGCACCAAAUAUCCAAGACCUGGAAGAUAAUGUGAAGGGCACCGAGAAAUACAUCGACCAUUAUGAUGUUCACCACAACAAAGUAUUUCUUUACUUUAAUGAGAUCACUGAUGAGGAGAUGUGUGUUCGGUUCCGUACAGAGCAGAUCAUUCCUGUAGGGCUCGUCCAGCCUGCAGCGGCCGUCAUCUAUGACUACUACAAUCCAGAUAGAAAGUGUUCUGUGUUCUAUACGGCGCCGAAGGACAGUCCCUUGCUCGCCAAACUGUGUGAAGCAGAUGUAUGCACAUGUGCUGAGGGUGGCUGUCCACGGCUGAAAGUCACCUUUAGUAAGAACAUGGAGGAGAAAACAAGGUCUUUUUAUGCCUGCUAUUCACCCACUGUUGAUUAUAUUUAUACUGUCAAGAUCCUCAGCUCCAGCACUGAUGGUGUGUUUACAGCUUAUUCCACAUCAAUUACUAAAGUCCUUCAGACAGGUAAGGACUCGGCUAUCGAGAAAGGUGCAGUGCGGGAAGUGCUCCAUCGUUUAACAUGUGAUGAGUUUGAGCUGAAAGUUGAUGCAGAUUAUCUGAUCAUGGGGCAGGACGACACCAUGUUUGUGGGAAACGCUGAGAAACGCUUUAGGUACAUACUGAAUAAUAUGAUGUGGAUCGAGGAGAUGCCACCACCAACGAAGUGCAGGGCGACCAAGAGCAAGAAGGCUUGUCAGCUUCUUGAAAAAUUCAUACAGUUGCAUUCUCUAAACCAGUGCUCACUGUAGUGGACAUGAGUCAUGCACGACGGGAAGACAACAACUCAACACAGAAAGCAUUUGUAACACGACACAUAGCUCAGUAAAUUGUGUGCUUUUAUUUUCAGUGCAUAUGACCAAGAAAAAAUAGGGUUUGUGGAACAGCACGGUUAGAAUUGCAGCAGAAGUUUAAUCUUAAAUGCUCUUCUAAUGAACGACCGUGUUGCAGAUAAGCAAGACCCUUGCUUCUCUUAAAAAGGUAAUCAUGAGACUACAGCUUCUGGAAUGAACAGGAAUGAAAUGUUAGUUCUUUCAGUCAUGUGUCUUUAUAACCUAACAAUCAUUGUGCUUUUAACAUAAUGAUGUUUGGCUCACUUAUGAUUUUAAAUUUACCCAUCCUGCUUUGACUAAUGCAUAAAUGUCAUAUGUCUUGUCUUUUGGCAUUAAUCAGUAGCACUGAGGGUAGAAUAUAUCUGAGAAAUCUGAGAUUUUACUGCAAUAUAAAGUAUCACAAAUAAAGAAAUCCAAAAACUCA